GAGGGAGAGAGAGGGAGAGAGAGAGAGAGAGAGAGAGGAGAGGGAGGGGAAGGAAGCAAACGAGAGAAGAAAGUGGAAGCAAGAGAGUGUCAGUGAAAGAAGGCAGCCUGACUGCACAGAAAAGGCGCUCGGCAAACAGCACGCACUCAUUGAGUCAGUUAUAUUCUGAACACGGACGGCUGGUGCAUUUGAGCUCAAGAAAACAGUUUCCAGUGCAGAGGGAGAGGACAGAGACAGACAGAAACAGAGGAAGUGGAUUGAAAAGAGGAGAGGUUCUUUGUGGAGAGAUGGACUCAGAUUCUGGGGAUCAGAGUGAAGGAGAGCUCUCUCCAGGGCAAGAGAGCUUCAACUCCAAGAGUUUGGCCCUUCAGGCCCAAAAGAAGAUCUUGAGUAAAAUGGCCACCAUGGCCGUGGCAAACCUCCUCACAGACGACACCAGCAGCGAGAUUCUGGACGAACUCUACAAGGCCAGUCGUGAAUACACCAAGAGCAAAAAGGAAGCCCACAAGAUAAUCAAAGAUGUCAUCAAGAUUGCGCUGAAAAUUGGCAUUCUCUACCGAAACCACCAGUUCAGUCCUGAUGAGAUGGAGACCGUUGAGCGCUUCAAAAAGAAGAUGAACCAGGCGGCCAUGACGGUGGUGAGCUUUUACGAGGUGGAGUACACGUUUGACCGCGGCAUUCUUUCCGAGCUGCUGCUGGAAUGUAGGGACCUUCUCCACGAGCUGGUGGAGCACCACUUGACCAUGCGCUCCCACGGCCGAAUCGACCAUGUUUUCAACCAUUUCGCAGACGUGGAUUUCCUGACCGAGCUGUACGGCCCAUCUGAAGAAUACAGAUUUAACCUGAGGAAGAUCUGCGAUGGGCUAAACAAACUCCUAGAUGAAGGCACACUUUAACCUCCAGUUCACAGUUCGUCAGAUGAGACUCCAUCAGGCUGCUGGGAUGCGAACUGAGCGAUUUUACACAACUUGUGUUUUUUGGUUUUGGUUUGAAAUAUAGGCUGUCAUGAUAACUUAAUGAUGUGAUUGUAACCCAACCUGUAGGGAUGGUCACCCAGACGCAGAUUAAAGUCAAAUCCUGGUCUGUAUUGUCAACGUACUGGAUGAUUGUUUGGGGAAAAUCUGUUUAAGUGGAAAACCUGAAUGAAGUCAGUGUCCUGAAAACCUACCUUUUGUGUACAAUUGCAGGAACGUUUUAAAUUACGAGCUCCUUUAUAUGCACUGUAUGAAAUUUGACCUACCUAUCUAUCCUUUAAGAAUGGCCUAGCAAUGCAACCCUAGCUCUCUUCUGUAUGUCUUUAAGAACCAGUUAAGAUGUCCAGUUAAUCUACUCGAAAGUUAAAGGGAUAUAUUUCACCCCAAAAUGAACUGUCUGUCAUCAUUUACUCACCUUCAUGAUGUUCCAGACCUGUAUGGCUUUAUUUUUAUUGUGGAACACAAGGGAGGUACUUAGCAUAAUUUUUCAAGGUGUUCUUUUCCAUAAAAUGAAAUCAAUGGGAACAAAAAAGUAAAUGUACCGUAAAAAUAAUCCACUGAAAUUUGUCUGUAUUCACUGAUAAUUUCCCCUUCUUACAACUGAUUUUUCAUCAUACUAAAAUUGGUGAAACUCAAUCAGUGACGAAAGAUGCAAAAAACAAUGUCAUUUGGUAUUAUUAAUGCUCACCCCUCCCUUUCGAAGCACAUAGAGAAACUACGGUGGCCGACACAGGACAAAGAUGUCGUCGUCUGAGACAGCAGAGAGUAGCCUGUCAAGCAAUGAGGUUUCUUCUUACUUCUAACAAAGAACGGUCUUUGCUUCUAAUAAACCAGAAGACUACUACUAAUACUACUUCUUCUUCGUGAGCAUGAUGAUGUAAGCUGCCUCUAAAACAUCAACGAAGAAGAACAACAUAGUGAUGAAACAUGAAACAGUUUGUCCGUUUAGGGCUACUGCAGAAAAAUGCAGAUUAAGUCGCCAUUCCAGCAAAAUGGCGACUUAACAUGCAAGCUUGGUCUUUAUACAUCCUUGAAAACAGUUAUGUAUAUUAUAUUGCAUUUCUGUCAAUAGAUCCUCCUAACAUUUACACACUGCACCUUUAAUAUAUCAUUACGUCAAUUUGAAGUCCCACCCCAUUCACUUUCUUGUAUGGAAAACAUCACGUCUAAAUCAUACAUGUUUGAAACAAAACAAAGCAAGUAAAUGAUGACGGGAUUUCUAUAGUUUUGGAUGAACUAUCCCUUUAAGAUUGCAAAAGAAUUUAGAGUUUAAUAAAAAAAUAUGGCGCAAACCUUUGUUGAACAGAGCGUUCACCGAAAAAUAAACACACAUCUGAAGUGCAGCAGAAAGAUUGUAAAUAAACUUUGGGGUUUUGGUCUCUUUGGCUUUUGCCUUUGUAAUGACUCAGUGUCACAGCAGUGCUUGGUUUUUCCAGAUCCUGAUGUUUCAGAGCAUGUAAAUGUGUGUAUACAUGCAGGAAAGAAAUGUGACUAUUCCAUAAUCCUGUUCAGUAACCCCGGAGUGUAGCACUAUUAGCUGUCAUUAAACGUUCCAUAUUAACUUCC